GCGACAUAACCCUCAUCUACUUCCUAUUAAAAGAUGGUCGACACUAAAUAACAUCUAAAACAUAGGCCUACAGCACACAUAACAUAAUUAAGUAAAUCGUUUUCAUCUUUGAAUAGAUAACUUUAACUUUUCAUCUUUACUAAAGCAGGAUGAUUUUUAAAAUAUGGAUCAUGACAUAAGACACAAGUCAAAUGUAAGCUCAGAUAGUUUUCUGUUUAAUAGGUCCUGUUUAAAGUUUAAACGUUUUGAUUUUUGUAUUGUAGUUCUGUACUGUUCCACUGUCCUGACUUAAAUACUAUUUAUAAACUAUUUUUAACUAUCUAUUAUUUAAAGUAUAGUAUUUUUUAGUACUAGUACUAUACUACUCUUUUUACUCGUUUUUUUAGUAGGCUAAGUUAAGUAAGUACUAGUAACAUAUUAUUAAAUUUUAAUAUUAUUAAUUAAUGAGUCAAUGUUUCAAUAGUCUAUAGUUUCAUACAAAUAUUGUGAAAAUAAGAUUGGCUUACUUACUUACUUACUGCAGGGGUCUCAAAUUCAAAUUAUCCUAGGGCAGCUGGAGGUAGAGACUGGGCCGCACAAAGUAUUCCAAAAAAAAGUGAUUACAAAUUCUGUACAACUGUUACAAUCGGCUCAAUCACAAUCUUUAUUAAUAACAAAUAAAAAAAUCAAGGCUUCACGUUAUUCCUCCUACUCUUUGUAAGGCUUGUUGCCAGAGACAUGGUAGCACUUCUUCUUACACAGCUGAGCAAGAUUUGGCUUGAGUGAUGAAGCAACUGAGACCCUCAAUAUAGCUUUAAGAUGCUCAUCAGUAAGUUUGGCCCUGAACUUUGACUUGUUAAAGUUCAUAGUGGAAAAGAGCUUUUCACAUAGAUAGAUACUCCCAUAAAGGCACAUGAUCUGCUUGAACAACCUGGAAAUCUCAAGCAGGGGGGGGGGGGGCAUUUCUUUUAUAAAUAAUUCUUUUAUAAAUUGUCCAUGUGUGUCUGUUUUUCCAUUCACCUCCCUGAACGUAGACUUGAGUUCAGAAUUAUCAGAAUUACACUGAAGACCAAUCUGCCCCAUUUGAAGUUCAAAAAAAAAGGGGUGGGGGGGGGGGUGAAGAGGUAUCUUCCACAUUAAAGGAGAAAGGGUCAGCACAAAUUUGUGUUUUGAAGUCUGCAAACAUAUGAUCGAAUUCUUCCUGUAGCUUUGCUAUGGCAUCAGUAUACAUACUACUGAAUGGUGUACCCUAGUCCAUAAGUACUCUACAUGUUGGGAAAUGGCAGAGGUUUCUCUAAGAACCAUAACACAAGUUUUGUGCAGAAUGCUCUGACAUUGUCAUAGGUAACACUGACAAGGUGCCCCUGGUCUUGUAACUUCUUGUUGAGUACAUUCAGCUCCUGUGUAAUGUCAAAAAGAAAAGCCGAGUCAAUGAGCCAUUUGGGAUCACUUAGUACAGGAAAAACCACCCUAUCCUUCUCCCAUGGAGGCUUUGAAGACUAAAACGUGUUCAAAAAUUAGGCAGGGGCAGGCAAUAUUUAUGAAUUAUUUUAUGCAAGAAAGAUGCUAUUGUAGGAGAAUGAAUUUUGAUUUUUUUAUCGUAGAAAAGGCCAUUUGAGUAACACUAUUUUGAAAGUGACCAAGCUAAAAUACUUGGAAUUUCCCUCAAUCAUCGCUCGUACACACUAGUGGCAAUUUUAAUAGAGAUUCUUUGAUACUAUGUCAGAUUGCUGCAAUUUACACAAUUAUGGUUGUGCAUUACCCAUUUUCUGACUUAUUAAACUUUUCUCAAACUGCACUUUGGCCAUGUUUGUUUCAUAAAAUGCUAUCAAAUAAAAACUUUUCGUUCCCAUUUUAAAACAGUUUUUACCAUUAUAAUCAACUUCCAAAUCUAUACAAACAAACAAAAAAUCAGUAUUAAAAUAGUCCGUGAGAUUCAACUGAAACCGUCGCGGAGGGUCACAUUAUAGAUCUGAGAAUGGGGAAAAUGUACAGGCCGCAUUAACACUAAACUUAGCUGUCAAGUAUUGGGCUGCAAAAUACCGUCUUGCAGGCCACAAAUGGCCCACUGGCCGCAAGUUUGAGACCCCUGGUUUACUGCGAUCCAGUACUGCUUGACGUAAAUAUUUUUAAUGAGGUCUAGACCUAAAAAUUUAGCCGUUAUUAGUCUGCCUGACUGAGUUAGCAUUUAAGUUUUUAAAAGGAAUAUAAAUAAUAUAAUAUAACUUUAUAGUGGUUAAAUUGCAGUUAGAGGCAUUAGUUUUGCCAAGAGUCGUCUCACCCUAAGUUCAGUGACAGUACUUUGUGGCAUUCCCAAUAUUGGACGUAGGGUGAUUAGGCGAAUGUUUGGACCUGAAUGAUGUGAAUGAUAACUGUCCCACUCUUAACUGAACAUUAUUCCAGUCAUAAACUAAAUAUAACAAUCGAUACAGUUAAUAUGAAAUAUGUUAAAAUUAAAAUUUCCUUUCAUUUUGAUUAAGUUAAACUUUGCUGGGUUCAAAAGAAAUGUUUAAAUAAUAGGAACUCAUCCUCGUUGACACUGUUGAUACCUCAAGAUGAACACCCAAAAAAGAUGUGUGCAAUAUUAGAAGUCCUGUCUUUUGAUUGUUUUUAAAGAAAAUGCCUGUAUUUAUAUGCAAUUCAUUUAUAUCAUGUCAUUGCCACCAUAUCACUGGACCUAUCAUAAUUUUCCAGGGAGAGGGCACCCCUCCUCUUUCCCAGUGAUUUUGUGACAAUGACAUGAUAUAAAUGAGUUGCAUACAAAUACAGGGAUUUGUUUUUCAACCCUCCCCUCACUUUCAAUACCAGAAAAACGUUUAUGAAAUAAAUACAGAGCUAGAAUUGAAAAGAUUUGAUUAGGUAACUAUAUAUAGUAGAUGACCUGGGGAACCUCCAUGACCUAUAUACAGUAGAAGACAUCGCCGGCCUUACCACUAACUACAUUGUAGCCCUAUGUUGUUUCAGCACAUGUCUUUUUACACUGAGUUAUAUGUGGUGUCCGUACAUGCCUUUUAACACUGUGUUAUAUGUGCUGUCAAUUUUUGUCUUUUAAAAUUGAGUUAAUCUCAAGCUAGUGGACUCAAAGUUCAAUCACCAGAUGGGAGUCCCGUAGGGGAAUGCUCACUGCGCUCUGGUUUUCUUAAAUCUAUUUUUUUUUAAAAUUCUUAAAUGUUUCUUAAAUGAUUUUUUUAUCAUUUUCAAUGCCCCUCAAAGAUUGAGGCAAACUGUUCCGUAUUUCAUGCCCUAAACAAAAUACAGCUCAAGUCAAUGCUGCCACUCAAGUCAAAAUUGCUUUGGUCAUCUUGGCGCGCACAGGACAAACAAUAAAACUAGUAGGCUUAUUGCCACUGGUCAUUAAAUUACCCACCUAAGUUUAACCUAAGGAAGGCAAGCUUUCCGAUUGCCUGUAAAUUUACCGACAAUCCAUAAAAAUGUAACUUAAAAUGUCUUGUCUGUAACUGAAGAACUUUAGGGUGCCCGUGAGAAAUUUGGACAUUGUAUAAAAAUCCUUUCAAGCGAAGGAUAACGGGAAUUCACAGAAUUUAUGAUGUGUCUGACACCUUCCUGCUUGCUUUAAUCUUUGAGUUGGCGACCCUGAAGGACUCGGCCCCAUGAAAUAACUACUAAUUCACUCUCUUUCUACGCCAACUACCUAUGCUGCCAAGAGGUUAUCCGUUAGCCUCUAUGAUUAUGUUAAAAAAAUUUAUUUUAAAAUUUAUAAAUCAAUAUUUCAAAAAAAUAAAUUUUAAUUUGUUAAUUUAGGCCCUAAUUUGAUUUAGACCUGCUGCCGGUCCUAACAGUGGUUACAUUUCAGCUGCCCAGUUUUAAAAAAAACAAAACCUGUUACACCCUAAUUUGAAAGAAAAUUCUUCCCACUAUCCCACCCCUCAUUCAUUUCAUAAAAUAAUAUUGGCUUAUAUAUAGAAAUAAAUUAUGAAUACCAUGAAAGUAUAGAAUUUUAACUUGCAUAAAAUAAUCAAAAAGCUGUAAAAACAAUAGCGAUAAAAAUUUAAAUUUUCAACUUUUUCCAAAUAAUUUGACUUACAUUUACAUGCCAACAGUUUUCAUUUGCUGACUACUGUUCUAGAGAAACCUUGCUUCUUUUUUGUGUGUGUUUUGUUUUUUUUAUGUGCCGAAAUUUUUAAAAAAAAAACCGAAUUGGAUUCUAUUAGCCUACUGAAAUAUUUUUAAAUUAAUUUUGUUUCAGAUAUUUUCAUUGAAAUCUCACGCUGACACUGGAUCAUCCAGACGUGUUGAUCCCACAGCUUCAGGCAUGUAUGAAAAUAAGCGGAGAAAUUUGAAUAAUUAUGAUCUCAAGCCACCUCCAUAUCAAAGUAAACACCCUAAUUUGAUAGAUGACCAUGUAGAAAAGCCUGUUCAGGUAAUUACUUUUUGUGUGUGAUAUCUAUUAAAAUAAAUGUCGUGUAAAUAAAAAUGCUAAAAAAACAAGAAAUACUUGCACAAUGACAGAUAAAUCCAAAUUUUUUUUAUAUUUGAACAAUAAAUAAAUUUCUAACUAGAUUCUAACGAUUCAGCUAAUUUUUUUAAUAUCAGUUAACAUUCAUUAUUGCAUUCACUAUUAUUUUAAAUGCAGAUAAGUGGUAAAAUUAAGGUUAAUUAUUUAAAACUGGUUUGUAGAUUGAAUACAUAUUUCAUCUUUAAAAUAUAUAAGAAAUCCUUGUAAUGAAAUGCUUAAAUAAUGAAUGACAUUCAUUGAAAUGAUUCAAUUUCUUUUAUCAGUAUGCCGGAGAAAUUGAUGGAGUUUCCCCACAUUUAGAUAUUACAAACAGAACUGAUGUUUUAAAAAUCAUUGAUAAAGGGAAGGUAAAAAUUACGUUAUACAAUUUUUAAAAAUAUAUAUUUCCACUCUAUGCAAAGUAUAUUUUAAAUACAUAAUCAAGUAAUCAAAUGUGAACAAAUGUAUUCAAAUAAUCUCUAAUGAAAUACUGUAUUAAAAAAAACAUAUAACAAAUGAAUAGCUUUAAAGAAAUCUUUUUACUUUAUAAAUUUGUUUCUUUUUCCAACUGAUUUCUAAAGGCUAAAGGAAUGGUAAUGAAAAUUUUAAAACAAGAAGAAAUGUUUUCAAUAAAACCCUAAAAGUUAAAUCUCUCCAGAAACUAUAACUAGCUUUGUUUUGUUACUGAAAUUCAAUUUGAAGUAAGCUUGAAACUAUUUUAAUUUUUCCCCCGUCAUUAUUUGUCUGAUAUAUUUUAUUUGCAGAAACAAGGUUCUAUCCCAGUUCACGUAUCUGAGGAUAAUAUUGCUAUACUCAGCCUGAGCGUUUUCAAUAUUAAAAUCAGCAAAUACAAUGCAUCUGAUGUGAGCAUCUGAAUCGUUUAAAUAUAAACAUUUAUUUAAAUAAUCAUAAGGUUCCAAAGUCAACCUUGCAUAGAAUUCUUAUAACCGAACCUAAACCAGAUAAUUAUGAGAUGCUAUUGCUAAUGUAAUAAAUUUAAAAAAUCAAGAGUUAACAAAAAAAAUAUUGUAAUUAUUAAAAUAAAAAUUAGUUUUGAUAAAUGGCUUCAUUCAUUCAAGGAAAUGUAUAUUAUCUUUUAUUGAUUGUGAAUGAUAAACUCCCUAGGACCUCUUGUUGAGAAUCCCUAUGCAUGAGAUAGCAGCUACGUGCUAUAUAAAAGAUGAUAAAGAGCACAUACUUGCCAUCAAGUUCGGUAAGCAAUACCUUAUAUCAUAGGUAUUUUUUAAUAUGUUUUGUUUUGUCAUGUAAAUAAAUGGCUUCAGUAAUUUGUGCUGAUUAUUUCAUCUUACAUCUUUUGACAUAUAAAAAUAUCACAAUUUGGUUUAUUUUAAUGAUUAAUUCAAAAGUUUAAAACCAUAAAUUUUGUGUUCAUUGUUUUAAAGGCACCCCUGAGUCCUGCAGGCUGGCAGUUUUAUACUGUGAAAGUAAGGUAAGGGCAUAUGCACUGGUACACUGGGAAUUCAUCUGUUAUAUUUAUACAUGUAUAUUAGGGUGGUCCAAUUUUUUUUAAGUUUCAGAAUAGUUUGGUCUCCCCCCUUUGUUUUUUCAUCUACACAAGAAAAUAAUUCCUGUCAAUUUUCAGUCAAAUUGAAUCAUAUUAAGGGUCACUCAAGUAAGUUAAAUGUAAGUCAUUGUCUAUAUGCUGUAAUGGGAAAAACAAUUGAAAAUGGCCAUAAAUGAAAAAUGGUACAUUUUAUGGGCACAACAUGUGAAGAAAGAGUGUUAAAAUAUCUUCUUUUUCCUCUAUAUGUUAAGGGCCCACGAUCAAUUUAUUGAUCAUUUUGGCUCCUAUGCAUAUAGAGGGGAUUCGUAAUGUUUCUGUGCCUGGUGUUGAUGAGGAUAUUUCACUGUCUGCAAGGGCCACUCAGUGAGGGUAUCAUGAACUGGGAGUUGGAAGGCGCGAGGCAAUAGACGCAAAUGUUUCAAGUGUUGUCACCUCAGCUGUUCCUUUUGGAAGCCUGUUCCAGUCCCUGAUUGUCUUUGGCAGGAAUGAGCAGUUCCUGUACUGGCUUCUUGCUGGUAUGAGCUGGAACUGCGUGUCAUGGUUUCGUCGCUGUCUAUGGGGAGGAAGGACGAGUUUCUGUUCAAUGUUGGAGCAGUGGACCAGUCCAUUAUUUAUCUUGUACAUCAUGGAUUGCCUGGAUGGUCAUCUUCGUUCAUCCAAUGGUGACCAGCCCAUUGUUUCCAGCAUGCUGCCAACACUUGAGGUGUUUCUGUAGCGGUUCAGGACAAAACGUGUUGCCCGUCGCUGGACCGCGUCCAACCUGUUGAUCCUCUUCUGAGUGAAUGGGUCCCAGACUGAAGAUGUGUAAUCUAAAAGCGGCCCCAACAAAGGCUUUAUUAGCUCUUUCUUUCACUGUGGAAUUGCUGAGCUUUAGAUUUUGUAUUAAGAACCCAAGUGUUUUGAUUGCCUGGUUACACACAUUGUUUAUAUGCUCGUCCUAGGGAACCACGUCAGUUUGCUUGGUGUUCUCCAGAUUGGUUGUCAAGUCUUCUACAAAUUCAAGGAGCUGGGUCUCAAUUGAUCUUUUGAAUCGGAAGCCUUGCUGACAGUCAUUGAGUAUAUUUUGGCUUUUAAGAUGUUUUAUGACUGCGCUUAUGAUUAUGUGCUCCAACAGUUUGCAUAUCACGCUGGUGAGGGAUAUUGGGCGAUAGUUGGCAGGGUCGGAAUGCUCCACUUCCUUGUUGAUUGGAGUGGCAUGCGCUGUUCUCCAGUCUGUUGGAACAUUCCCUCUGCACAGCGACGAUUGGAAGAGGAUUGUCAUUGCCGGAGCGAUUUCAUUGGCCAAUUCUUUGAGCACUCAUGGUUUUAUGUUAUCAGGACCACAUGUCUCGUAGGGGUUAAUUGUUUUGAGGAGGGCCAGCACACCUUGCUCUGAAAGGUGGAUAUUGUCCAUGACGGGGUAGGCUGUGUUCAUCAUUUUGGUCUUCAGAAGGAACUCGGCCUCCGAGUACUCUCUGCUGUGUCACCAAAGACCGACUGGAACUACUGAUUUAGUAUGUCCACCUGUGCUUUUGGGUCAGAUGUCAAAUGGCCAUCGCACUUUAGGGGGGAAACUCCAACGUUUGAGGACUUUUGGUGCAUGACAUAAAUCCAAAAUUGCUUGUUCUUGACAGCCUUGGCCAGAGUGUCUUCCUCUAAGAAAAUGCUGUUCAGGUAGUUCCAGUAAGAUUUGCGCAGUAAGUGUUGUAUAGUUCGGUGGAGCCAAGUACCUCGUCUCUCAGUUCAACCCAGCCAUUUUUCUUCAAUCGCUUGUAUUGGCGGUCUCUCCUGUGGAUUAGCCUACGGAUUUCAGCCGUGACCCAUGGCUGAUUUAUCUUAGGUUUGGUGGUCUUGUGUGGUAUGAAUUUAUUCACUGCUUCAUUAAUUGUUCAGCCACAGCUCUUCUGUUGUCGCUGUACCCUGAAUCUCCUGCAUGUUUGAGCUCAGCUCUGUCGUUGCACUCCUCAGGCCAUGCCUUGGCAUAAAUUGGGAUUUCUUGUAUGACCUGUUUCUUUUUUAGUGUGUUGAUCUGAAAUUCAAAAUAUGGUAUGCAGUGGUCUGAUAUUCCGGGGAUGACCUCAACUUUUGGGACACGAUGUGUACAAUUGGUGAGGAGUAGGUCAAGAGUGUUUCCCCCCUCGUGGGUUCUUUGAACAGCUGUUCCAGACCAUGGUUGUUAAUCAUCUCCAUGAAGUCACAGUGUAGGACAGUUUAUGGAGACUUGAGCUUCAAGGCAGGAAUCUGCCAGUUCCAACCAGGAAAAUUAAAAUCUCUCCCCCCCAUGUAAGAAGAAAGCGAUACGUCCAGCCUCCUCAGGCUUGGUUCAUCAGCUGUGUUGGGUCUGUAAUAGGCACAAACAUAAAGUGUGCGUCUACCCUUCAGCUUCACUUUCACCCACAGGAGCUCACAGUCAUCAAAAUCUAAUUCUGGAACAGCAUGACAGUCCAGUUUGUGAUGGACAGCAACAAGUACUCCUUCUCCUCUGUCUUUUCUGUCUCGCCGGAAUUUUAAUUAACUUAUAUUUAUAUAAUUGAUAUUUAAAUGUUAAAUUAAUAUUCCCUUAUAUCAUUGACUGUUGAAUGUUAUAAUGUCCCCUUAUAUCACUGACUGUUGAAUGUUAAAAUAUUCCCUUAUAUCACUGACUGUUGAAUGUAUUUUUCAUUGUAGCCCGUGGCAGAAGAGAUCUGCGCUCUAGUUGGUCAAUGUUUUAAUCUGGUCUACACAGAGGCACUAUUCCGGCUCUUAGACAAUCCCCUCAACCCUUCUGAUCCCAUUCAUCAUGCAGCAAGUACAAUCAGUGGUAACGUGGCAUGGCUUUUUUUAUUCCCUUUUCUUCCCAAUAUAUUCACUGUAAAUUAUUGCAAUAUAAAAUUAAGUGGUUAGUUGGUGAACAUAAAAUAUGGAAAGGAUUAAUGUUCUGUGGGUUGGGAUUCAACUAAUUAUUUUUUUACAUUGGUAAAAAAAAUGACAAUUUCUCUCAAAUUGUGUACUGGUAACAAACUAAACGUAUUGCCUUCUAUAUUUCCUUGUGAAUUUACUUACAAAUUUUGUUGUAGGUUCAACUCUGAUCCAAGAUCCACCAGAUGCCUUGUAAGUUUUCUAAUAAUAAACUGUUGGAUUUAUUUUAUUUGCAACUGAUAAAUACAUUCACAUGAUAUCAUUGGUCUACGAAAGAAGCAGCCAUCUGCUGUGUUUAAACAUAAAAAUUAAGUUAUAUCACUACAAAGCAUUGUGAAGUUUAAAUUUGAUUUUGAUAUGUUGAAAUAGUCAGACUGCUGUUUUCAGCUUAUGAUUUGAAAGUAGCCCUGAAUAAUUGGUCCGAACAAUGAUAAUGCUUAACUAAAUGAAAGAGCUAAUGAACACACAAAUGUUAAUUGAAAUAAUUUUAAUCCACGUUACAGUCACUCACCAUCAUAUCACCAUAGGACACCAAGUGAAUCAGGAAAUUCCAAAACUAGUGACAGUGGAACAGGAAAAGAACUUUUGGAAGACUAUAUGAACAAAGUAAGCCAUAAAUUAUGUAUAGUAAGGGAAUGUUUGAACCAAGUGAGCCAUGAAUGAUGUGUAGUAAGGGACUGUGUACAAAGUGAGCUGUGAAUGAUGAAUGUUAAGGGACUAUUGAAAAAGUAAACUGUGAAUGAUGUAUAGUGAGGUACUAUCAUAACAAAGUAAGCUAUGAAUGAUGUAUAGUGAGGUACUAUCAUAACAAAGUAAGCUAUAAAUGAUGUUCAUGAAGUAGAAUUUAGGUGUUUCAUUGAAAAAGUGAAUAAUUGAAUCUGUUUUGAAGUAAAUUUAGACACUUUUUUUUUAUUAUUGAAUCUUUAACAAUUUGAUGUCCGAAAAUGCCCCUUAUUUUUCUUGAAGUAUUUGAUGGCCCUAAAGCAGACCUGUUUACCCUCAAACUCUUAAUAUCGUACAAUAUCAUCACAAAAUCAAUCAAUACAUUAUCUUAAUAGUAAAAUAAACAUCAGUAUAUAUAAUGUAUACACCUCAAAAUCAUACAUUGUACGCCAAAAUCGUACGAGAAAACCGGUCUGCUAAAGUGCCCUAUAUUUUUCUACACUUGAUAUUUCCUCACUUUCUGUUGUUAACUCGUUUACCAUCGCAGCAGUUUUAGUUUGAUAUAGCGAUUUCUUUGUUGUUAUUUAGAAGGGAUAAACUUGCUUGAGUAGAAGUUUUUGACUUUAAAGAGUUGUUAAGUGAUUUUGUUUCUUUUGCUGAUUGCAGCUGAAGGCUAAACUAAAUGCUGAUGAGCUAAGGAAGUUCUUACAACAUCUGAAUGACUGGAAGAAAGAGAACCACUUCCACCAGUUCUGUGAUGAAGUUUUGCUCUUGUUAGGACCAGAUAGGAAGCAACUGCUAUCUGGUAAUUUAUCAAUAAGUGUCCCUCUCUGUUAAUAAAAUAUAUUAUACAGUAUGGCAUCGCUAAUCCGGGCAUUGAAAAACCAGAGCGCCGAUUUUCUAAUCAGAAAAUAAAAUAACUGCUGAGUGAGAAAUUCAACGUUAUUUAUAUUCAUUCCCUCCUGCAAUGCUACUUCCGUACUUAAUUUAUUUGCCUGAGGAAGGGAAGUAACUCUGAUUUGCAAUUGAUUUACAUUUGUAAAAUAUUUAUUUAAGCUGCUAAAUAUUAUUUAAUGUUAAUGAAUUAAGAACAAAUGCAACAAAAAAUGAAUAAGGUUUGAUAAAACACAACAUUAGCGGGGAAAAAAUAACAAAAAGGGCAAAAAAAUCGAUUUUCGGCACCUAGGAUGAACACAAGCUACAUUUAGAUGCCGCGUAUUAAAGCACACGUAGUUUUAAAGUGAAACUAGAUAAAAACUUCCAGUUUUUAAAUUAAAAUCACGCUGAACCACGCCAUUGCCAGAAGUCUCGAGGGAUGCGAGAUUUCAUUGCUCAUUUGGACACAUCCGGCGAAACCCCCAAAGGACGCAUUUAUUCGCAAACGUCGGGAAUGAGUUAAAGUGAACAGAUUUGAACCUCCAAUCAUGAAUAAAAACAUUAUAAAAAACAUUUUCUUGGGCGCCACCAUGAAAGUAAUCUUUCAUAAGUAAUGUGCUAAGCCAUGAUCUCAAUAUUUUACAAAAUAUACAUCCAUACAAGUUCUGAUGGUAGGCUUUUCAAUAUCGCCUGCCUUCGUGUAAAGACCAAUGUUAAAAAGGUACUAGUUCAUGAACUGCCGUUCCCUGAUGAUGCCGCCUUAACAUCGCACACAGAAGAUGGUCUUCAGCGGCUAGUUAAUUGUCCAUCACACACAUGUAAAGAGUUUGGACUUUCAAUUAGUCUACAAAAAACAAUGUCUUGAUGCAAGAAGCACCGUCCUCUCCAAUCAUAUCUGUUGAGGGCAUAAUCUGUCGGUUGUUGAGCAUUUCACAUACCUUGGAUCCAAUAUCUGUAGUUCACUCUCCGUUGACAAAGAGGUGAACGUCAGGAUCUCAAAAGCAGCAGCAACCAUGGCUAAACUUAAUAAACAAGUGUGGAAUAAUCUUAAUCAAACUGAUAAUACAAAGCUAAGCAUCUAUCAGGCUUGUGUGCUUAGUACGCUCCUAUUUGGCAGUGAAAUCUGGCCACAUAUGCCAGUCAUGAGCGGAAAUUCAACAGCUUGAUUCAAAGAUGUCUGCAUUGCAUUUUACGCAUUUGAUUGCAGGACAAGGUGCCUGACACAGAGGUCUGGAAACGUGCAAAAAUGUUAAGCAUAUUUUUAGCUCUUAGCAAGAGGUGCCUUCACUGGCUAGGCCAUGUAAGGAGAAUGGAGGAAGGCCGUAUUCCAAAGAAGCUGUGGUAUGGAACUUUGGUAGAAGGGGCAAAACUUAUUAGAUGGCCGUGGCUGCAAUUUAUGGACCUUUGCAUAAGGAACAUGAAGGAAGCCAACAUAGAAGUCAACGAAUGGGAGAUCAUUGCUGAUCAAUGUUGCAGCUGGCGAACAGCAGUGUAUGAAGGAGUCAAUAAGGCAGAACAUGCGCGAAACAAAGCUCUUGCAAAAAAACAAGAACAAUAAGGAAAGCCAAAUCUAACCAGGAGUCAAGAUUCUCCUGUGAUAAAUUCAGCCAAGAUUGCCAUUCCAGGAUCGGACUAAUGAGCCAUUUGUUGAGGUUUACUUAGCUACUACAUCAUCUUAUAAAGACGGGAGCAUGCCAUAUAUAUCUGUCAGAGUGUUGAUCUAGGGUAUUAUCUCAAUAUUUUACAAAAUAUAUCUGUCAGAGUGUUGAUCUAGGGUAUUAUCUCAGUAUUUUACAAAAUAUAUCUGUCAGAGUAUUGAUUUGGGGUAUUAUCUCAAUAUUUUACAAAAUAUAUCUGUCAGAGUGUUGAUCUAGGGUAUUAUCUCAAUAUUUUACAAAAUAUAUCUGCCAGAGUGUUGAUCUAGGGUAUUAUCUCAAUAUUUUACAAAAUAUAUCUGUCAGAGUGUUGAUCUAGGGUAUUAUCUCAAUAUUUUACAAAAUAUAUCUGUCAGAGUGUUGAUCUAGGGUAUUAUCUCAAUAUUUUACAAAAUAUAUCUGUCAGAGUGUUGAUUUGGGGUAUUAUCUCAAUAUUUUACAAAAUAUAUAUGUCAGAGUGUUGAUCUGAGUGUUGAUCUAGGGUAUUAUCUCAAUAUUUUACAAAAUAUAUCUGUCAGAGUGUUGAUCUGAGUGUUGAUCUAGGGUAUUAUCUCAAUAUUUUACAAAAUAUAUCUGUCAGAGUGUUGAUCUGAGUGUUGAUCUAGGGUAUUAUCUCAGUAUUUUACAAAAUAUAUCUGUCAGAGUAUUGAUUUGGGGUAUUAUCUCAAUAUUUUACAAAAUAUAUCUGUCUGAGUGUUGAUCUGAGUGUUGAUCUAGGGUAUUAUCUCAAUAUUCUACAAAAUAUAUCUGUCAGAGUGUUGAUCUAGGGUUAGGUGUGUGAGAUAAAAAAACAACAACAAAGAAAUAACUUUUCUAUAAAUAAUGACAUGUACAAUACUUAACAGUUUGAGUUACACUGCCAAGGCAUAUUUAGUAGGUUUUUUACUAGAGCAGUUUAUUUUUGUGUGUGUGUCUUUCUUGUUUUCCAAUUAGAUAGUUAUUGUCGGCUACAGAGCCUCAUCCUAUAAUCAUAUUUAAUUUACUUAACUGAAGAUGGGGUUACAAAAGUUGAUGUAUAUUUGAUAAGAAUUAUUGAUGUCUAACUGUACAAGAAUUUUUCAAGAUAAAUUUUGAAUUACAUAUAAACAAGCAAGGUAAUGUAAAAGAAACGUUACCAACCAGCAACAAGUGAAUGAUCACUAAUGAUCAAAUAUGAAACUUGCACAAUCUUAUACAUAACUUAUCUUAAAUAGUUUUUUUGUCAGUUAUUAUUUUAUUUGUGGAUAUUUGUCACAUUAUGUAAUGUGUCUAUUUUAUGUAACGUGCUGCAAAUGAUCAGUAGUUUACUUCUUGUCUUGUGCAGAGCUGAUCCCAUUCAUUCCUGAACACAACUACCAAUACUUUGAAGAGUUCCUCAAAAGAAAUGACAUCAGGAUGUUGGACAACACAAGCACACUUUCAAGUUCUAGAAAUAACUUGAGAUUUUCCACGUGAGCAGAAUUUUUUUUUUCAAAUUAUGCUUUGAGAGGGAGUGUGUGGGGUCGGUCAGGGGAUGUGAGGCGUCAGGGGGUCGUUGUUUUUGUUGUUGUGUGUGUUAUCUCAUUCAAAUUAUAUAUUAUUAUAUGAAGUGUUUAUUAUUAAUGAGUAAUUGUUCAAAAUUUUUAAGUUGCUCAUUAAAAAAGUGAGUUAUUUCCCUUUAAAUUAUGAUUAAGGAUAUUUUCCUAAUUAGACUUCUUUUGACCUGGUUUAUACGUGGCAUUCAAAAGAAUGCUUGUUAUAUGGUUAAUAAAAUAGAGCUUUUCAAUUUCUUAAAAAAAUAAUUAAUCAAUAUUUCUUUAAAGUAAUAUUGACAUUUUUGAUAGGUCUAACGUACGGACUAUGUGUAAUGGCCAAUAAAUUCAUCUUCUUCCAUAAUGUAUCAACCAAUUAGUCAAUCAUCCGCUAAAAUUAAUUGACUAAUCAAUCAGCCAUCAGCUAAAAUGAAUUGAUGAUCAAUCGGUCCAUCAUCUGCCAUAAUGUAUCACCAAUCAAUCCACAUCGUUGCUGUGUUCCAGGAGAAGGUCGUUCAGUGAGGUGUCCACAACCAGCAGCGUCAGCAACAACACGGCCAGCGGCGAUGCCCUGGACCAUCUCAUAGACUUUGCCAAAGCCCAGUUUGACAGUGUAGAUGUUGACAUGGACCCAAAGACCUACGAGCCGAGCAAAGAUUACUGAGACGGUCGACAUGGGGAGCGCUUGGAGUGGGAUUUAGCUUAAUGUAGUUUUAGACCUUUUUAUUACUGUAGUUUUUCAAUAUAUACCAGGUUGUCUCUAUUUAACCACAGUUGUCCAUGUGUUAGAGUAGAUUGUAUUUUAUGUUCAUUUGAGAACUAUAUGAGGAAUUACUUAAUUAAAAAAUUCAUUGUGCCUUCGAAAAGCAUUUUUUUUUCUCAUGAAAUUCUUAUCUGAUCUAAAUAUUAUUUAUGAAAAUGUCCUUGGUGAAAAGAACUCUUAGGCUUAGAUUCCAGUUUUUCUAUGAUACUAUGAUGAUAUGAUAAGUCUCUCCAUUUGAUUUGUUGUUUUCGUUGUUAUAGUCUUGCAUUAAACAGGAAUAAUAACAAUUUCAAAUGUGAAGAUAACUUUGAGAUCUAGACAAUAACAUUAACACAUUCAGAAGAUAACAUUGACUGAUUCAGAAGAUAACAUUGACUGAUUCAGAAGAUAACAUCGACACAUUCAGAAGAUAGCAUCGACACAUUCAGAAGAUAGCAUCGACACAUUCAGAAGAUAGCAUCAACACAUUCAGAAGAUGACAUUGACAUUCAGAAGAUAACAUUGGCAUUCAGAAGAUAACAUUGGCAUUCAGAAGACAACAUUGGCAUUCAGAAGAUAACAUUGGCAUUCAGAAGAUAACAUUGGCAUUCAGAAGAUAACAUUGGCAUUCAGAAGAUAACAUUGACAUUCAGAAGAUAGCAUCAACACAUUCAGAAGAUGACAUU